CCUGUGGAGGACAGAUAAUGAAAGAUAAGAAAUGAUAAGACUGGCUGUCCUGACACAGUCACAGUGAAACAGGGUUGACUAUCGAGCAAAUAGUGUUUUUAUGUUGUAGCUUUUGGUGUGGGAACUGGCAAGUUAGUAAUUCUGUACAGUAUUUUAAUUUUGAGAAGUGCUACCAGUCUGUUAUCAAGAGCUAGAAGCAAAAAAAGAGACCAUAGCACUGUAUUGGUGACUCUGAGCAUGUGAAAUUAAGGACAAUGGAAAGAUGAAAAAUAGCCCUCCCAAUGGAUUUGGAGCUUGGAAUAUCAGGUCACUCCAUUCAUGCAAGAAUUGUUUAUAUCGCUGCCAUUUCAAGCAUUGUGGUCAUCAUAGUCAGAGUUUUCAAGGAACAGGAAAUUCACAUUCCUUCUGGCUUGUUUAAGUAUCAUAAAAAAAGGCAAAGUUCCCAAGAAUCAGGAUGGGCCAGUGUACAAGUGGUGAACUGCCUCCACCCACCACUGAUGCUGAUGAACACAGAGCUGAAAAUGGAAAUAAUUCACCGAAGUUGGAGGCAAACUCUGGAAGAUCGUCCAGCCGCAAGUUGUUUCGACGUCGCUCUUCAAAUUCCUCGUGGGUCAGCAGCAAAUUUAACAGAGGACAGAAAGCUAAAGAUCUGUCUGCUACAUUUAAUAUGCUUGAUUAUGAUGCCAGGAUGAAUUUAUUAAACAUAAAUGCAGCCCCUGAAGAGGAGUUGAUGACUCUCCCAGGAGUGACACGAACAGUUGCAAAAAACAUUGUUGAAUAUCGAACAGCUAUUGGAGGGUUUCGUCGUGUAGAAGACCUGGCUUUAGUGUCUGGUGUAGGAGCUGCCAAGCUGCAGACAUUUAAAUGUGAUAUAACUGUGAAGAAAAGUUCUUCUAGCCACUCAUCUUCUCUCACACAAAGUGUAGACUCCCUUCCAAGUUGUGAAUCAGGAAGGUCUCAGCAUUCUCAUUCUCAGUCCCAAAUUGGGCGGAGCUUACGUGGAUCACCUGUAAGAGUCAUGAACGUCAAUUCUGCCUCAAUUUUUGAGCUAAUGAACGUUCGUGGUAUGAAUCAAGAAAUGGCGGCAAAUAUUGUAGAAUACAGAGAAAGGAAAGGUCAUUUCAAGAGUAUUGAAGACCUGGUAAAAGUUAGAGGAAUUUCUGCUCGUGUCCUAAAUGUUUUAAAGCUGUAUUUAACAGUGCGCACUGUUGUACCUGCCUCCCCACCCAUAAAUGAUAGUAUCUCAGUAGCAAGCUAUAGUAAGGUCUACCAGCACUGCCUUGAUCGCAAGAUACCAGGCCAUCGACGAACUCAUUCUGCCCCUUUGAACAAUGACGUAGGUUCUCCUGGAAGACCGUCUCUGAACCUUAAAGAUGAGGCAGAUCCCAGAAUAUCUAUUGAUUUUAGUGCAGACAUAUUUGAACUCUUGUCUCUAAGAUCUGAGCGACCUAUUGUUAGAGAUGUAUUUAACGGGUACAGUCAAGAACAACCUGCUAUCAGAGUUGCCACAUGGAAUCUGCAGCAGCUCACUAAAGAUAAGAUCUGUAACCCUGGCGUAUUGGAGGUAGUGUGCCGCACCAUAUUAGAGAAUGGAUUUAGUCUCCUGGCCAUUCAGGAGGUUGGCAGUAAAGAUGUUUUGGAAAAGAUCUGCUGUGAACUAAAUCAAAGCAGUUUAAGGCGUGUGCGUGAAUGGGGGGGACCCAAGGGAGAGUGGAGGUGGCAAGUGUCAGAGGAGCCUGCUGGCCACAUGUAUCAUAGUAAUGAGUACGCAGCUUUCAUAUAUAAUGUGCGUCAUGGUCUCCAGCUUACGUCUGCCUCUCUCUUAAGUGUACACAACAACAACAACAGCAAAUCUGCCAAAGCUCACAUCAGAAAACCAUAUCUUGGUUACUUUAAGAGUUACAACUUUGACUUUGUAGUGGUGAGCCUUCACAUUAAUGCUGUUCAACAUGGAAAAGUAAAAAGAAAUAAAAGCAAUUAUAUGGAUGAAACAGUGAGGGAUGAUGAUACACUGAACAAAAGAGAAUCCAGUACACGCCCAGAGCCACUACAGCUAGCACCACUCGUUGUUGCACUGAAAGAGAAAUUAAGCGGUGAGAAGGAUAUUAUCCUCUUAGGAGAUUUCAACUUACACCCGGAUGAUGCUGCUUUUGGUGUAUUACGAGAGGCAGCUUACAGCAACAUUGUGCCAGCAGAUACCUUCACCAAUACUAGUGACAUAUAUGUUGAAGAAUCUUGCUGUUUUGACAACAUAUGGCUCAAUUCCCACACCAGGACUGUUUAUACAGGUAACUGGGGAGUAGUGCGAGAGGGGAUGAGUCAUCUAGCCAUUCCCUGUGGAUGGGGUUGGGGUGGAGUAGUGAGUGACCACUGUCCAGUUUACUGUGACCUCUACUGCAACUGUGAGAAUGACCCUGGACAAACAGGCACCUUACAACCUAAUGGAGAUAUAGAAGAAGCCUCGGUAUGAGACGAAUCAUAUUUAGCUCAGCUUGUUGAGCUUUUGCCAUCGCCUGUUGUGUGUCCGUCCAUCCUACAUCUUUUCAUCUAUCUACUUUAGACUCCUCAGUCAACUUCAGCUGGAUCACUUUGUAAUUUGGCAUGAAUGUACCUUAGUGUCAUUAAAGUAUAUAUUUAUGAGUUCCCAAUCUAAUUACUGUAUCAUUAAGGGGCUUUUUUUUUCUACCAUCUUAU